AACAGUUUACUGGAAGCAGGUAAUGCACACUCACCUGUGCUGCAGUUUAAACUAUAGCAAAACAAAAUACAAGACGACUUUUUCUGUAAAAAAAUAGCUAAAGAUGGGAACCACAGCAAGCCAACUUGAUACACUGAGGUUAUUGGAAUAUGAAGAACUAACAUUUCUUACAAAGCAAGAAAUUCUCCAUGCUUACCAAAGAUUUGACGAACUGGUUCCAAAGGAGGUAAAAAAUCGUCUAGACUACAGAAUUUCCAUGAAUGACGUCCUCACUCUGCCCGAGCUCAAGGCCAACCCUUUUAACGAGAGAAUCUGUAAGGUGUUCUCCACCUCUGACAUUAAAGAUGGAAGCCUCGACUUUGACGACUUCCUCGAUCUUUUGAGUGCCUUCAGUGAUUCGGCAACUCUGGAUAUCAAAUCUCACUAUGCAUUCCGGAUAUUCGAUUUUGAUGAUGAUGAGAAACUUGGUCGCCGUGAUCUAGAGAAACUGGUAAACUGCUUGACUGGUGGGAAAGAUGAUGCAAAGCUUACUCCUGAAGAAAGGAAACAGCUCGUGCAGAACAUUCUCGAAGAGGCAGACAUUGAUGGGGAUGGUUCUCUGAACUUCUUUGAGUUUAAGCUCGUUAUUUCAAGAUCACCAGAUUUUGUCAGCUCAUUCAAGAUUGAACUGUGAAGACAUUGACUGGACAAUGGAAAUACACCCACAAAUGUUAUUGUAAAAUAACUUUUAGGGCAAAUUAUUUUUUAUAAACCUUCCUAAGAUACACUUAGCUAUGAAUUUCAAAUUUUAAGCUCAAUUUAAUGACUAUAAAUAAAUGUUUUGUUCAUAUUUUUUAAUUGUCAAGUGUCAGAAUACUUGUUCGGAUAAUGUCUUGUAUAAAUAGUGUGGUUCAAUGUUUAUAGUGAGGUUUUGUGGGAUGUUCAGGAGAAAGUCCUUCCUCUUCUGUAACUGCAGCAAAAGUGUUCCAGGGGCCGCACGCCACGCCAACAACUCGCAGCUGCUGCACCCUAAAAAAUCUGAACGGCAAAACGAUUGGUGUCCGAGUUCCCCAUGUUCACCUGAAAACACAAUACAAUGAGAAGUGAAAAAUAGGCUUUAACACUACAUUUCUGUUAAAGUUUACUUUUUUUUAUUUGGCUACCUCGUCCCCAACCAAGAAUUGAGGCAGGGAAAAAAAAGACUGCAUGUUUGCCAGAGUUGUACUUACCUAAAAAUACAAAUUAAAAAAAA